AAGCAUUACUUAUGCCUUUAGUCUUUUGCUUUCAAAAAACGAGCAAAAAAGGAGGUAAAAAAAUGUGUACAAGAAUAAAUUGCUAUGCAUGGAUACAUAUAAAGAAUCAUGGUAAAAGGAGACGGUAAGAUGUGCUCAAUUUGAUUCGCUUUGUUAGAUCGACACCCCCCAAUUUCCGAUUAUUCCUCAUUUCGUCCAGCAGGGGACCGAGCGGAGAAAAUCUGGGAGGAAAGAGAAAAGAAAUCCAGGGAUCUGAGUCAGCAGCUGCGGCGGCCACAGUCUGCGUCUCCCCUCAACUUCCGUGGAUCGAUUUCAGCUCCUAUCAGUAUAAAAUCAGCUAUUCAGUGCUUAUCAAUGAACAUGAAUGAGUCUACAUUAGGCCUACAAUAAAAAGCAUCAACGGAAGUUAAAAAACAACAACACAUCGGAUCACUGAGGAGUCUGUGUCGCUGAGCUCACCACAAAGCUUCAUGUCCGUCCGAGUUUCAGCCAUGAGUGUCCUUCCUCCUGUCCGAAGGGACCGUAUCAUCGCUCAGCUCCCUCAGUAUUUCAGAAAAGAGGCAGCUCUGCACACUAAGGAGGAUUUCAACAACAAAGUGAGGACGGCCUGUCAGGAGCAGCGUACGGGCACAGUGGGCAGAUUUAAAAUCUCUAAGGUCAUCAUUGUUGUGGGUGACCUGGCUGUGGGGAAAACCUGUCUGAUUAAUAGAUUUUGUAAAGAUGCUUUUGAUAAAAACUACAAGGCAACGAUCGGUGUUGACUUUGAGAUGGAGCGCUUUGAGGUGUUGGGGGUUCCUUUCAGCCUGCAGCUCUGGGACACUGCAGGCCAAGAGAGGUUCAAGUGCAUCGCUUCUACGUAUUACAGAGGAGCCCAGGUUGUGAUUAUUGCAUUCGAUGUAAAUGAUGUUGCCUCUUUGGGUCAUGUGAGGCAGUGGCUGGAAGACUCCCUGAAAGAGAACGACCCCACUGCAGUUCAGCUGUUCCUCGUUGGCACAAAGAAAGACCUGAGCUCUCCUGCUCAGUAUUCUCAGAUCGAACAAGACGCCCUCAAACUGGCACAAGAGAUCAGAGCGGAGUAUUGGGCCGUGUCAUCACUGACAGGGGAAAACGUCAGAGAGUUUUUCUUUCGUGUUGCAUCGUUGGCAUUUGAGACCAACGUUCUCGCCGAGUUGGAGAAAAGUGGGUCGAGGCAAAUUGGGGGAGUUGUCAGAAUUAACAGCAACACAAACAAUCUGUACGCAACGUCAAAGAAGAAACAGCCAAACUGCUGCCAGUAAGGACGGGAGUUUAAAAUCAAAGGUACAGACUGAAAAAGACUGGAAUUAUUUCUGUGGUCAGAGCAGGAGGAGGGACGCUGGAGUUUUUACUUCCUGACAUGUUUGAGUUCAGUUUUUCCUGGCCUAGAAAGAGUUUUCCUCUGUGGGAUGGGGAUUCUUGUGGUGUUGCUCAGUUUAACUUGUCUGGAGUUACUGAGUGACACAGCAAUUAGGCUACACAAAAAAAUGACUGUUCUGCUCCUGCAGAGAUGCCAAAGAACGACUGUGGAUGUUUAACAUGGUGUGUGUGUGUGUGUGUGUGUGUGUGUCAAUGCUUAAAUAUUCAGUCUCGCUGCUGUAGUUUGUAAUUUUUAACUGUUAAGUUUUUAAUUCACCGUAAUACUCUGGUUUACCCUUAAGUCUGUUGCUUUGAAUGACUGUUUUAUGGUACUUCACCCGUUUUUAUAACAUUGUAGAUCAGAGGUUCCCAACUUUUCUGUAAAAAGUAAAAAUGUGCCGUAAAUCAAAAGGAAAAUGCAAAAAUAGAGGCAAGACUAAAAAUAAAGUCCC